UUCACUCAGGGGGGCCAUAUCUGAAAACAUAAAUAACUGAAGGUGAAUUUAAUUUGAAAAAACUGAAGGUGGUGAAUUUAAUUUUAGUACCUCAAGUGACCACUUGACUAGACAUUUAAACGAUCAAAAAUAAAGUACUAAAAAUGCAAGUAUUACCAUGUUUUUUGGACAUUUUAAUGUGGUAAUACAAUGUACUUUAAGACCAAUGGAUGUUGGAUGUUUGUAAGCAGCGAUGACAAGCCAACUUCUGCAGUAGCAGUUUAUGGAAGCAUGGAAUUAAAGAGUAAAAAAUUGAAUUUCCAGUUUACAUCUCACAAUUUGGACUAUUUUUCUUGCAGUUCCGAGUUUAUACUUCACAAUUAUGAGAAGAAAAAUCAGAAUUGUGAGAAAUAAACUCGGAAUUGUGAGUUAUAAUGGCUGAAUUUGGCGAUACAAACUUGCAAUUGCGAGGGGAAAAAAAGUACUAAUUAUGUUUAAAUGAUCUAAAUAUUAUAGGUUUAAAUAUGAUUUCAUGCUGUAACUGUAGGGCUAAUACAUUAUUUACCACUUAUUUUUGCAUGUUAUGUAGAUCUACAGGUAUAUUGUUUAUGUCAAAUUCAGGUUUCAUCAGUCCAGUCUGUGGCUUGCAACCAAAAACAACUGCAUUAAGCUUCAUAAGGCAUCUUUGACAAUGGUAUACUAUAAAAAUCCUUUUUGCAUCCUGAUUCUGAAAUCCAAAGGCACAAGACAUUUUUCUCUUAUUCUGUGGAUUUUGCACAUUUCCCUCAACUUGUUACCACUGUUUUUCUGCCACUACAACACGUGCGCAUGCAGCUGCUAGUGAUGAGUAACUGUGAGGUCUGCUCGCAAACAGUCUAUAAUCUGUGGAAGAAGAUUCAAUUGCUCACUGGAGGGACCAAAUCUGGUCAAUUAAAACAUGAAAAAAGAGCUUUAUUGAGGCGAUCUUAAUAUUUUAUUUUUUGCACCUCAGGUGACCACCAGAUGGUGUGCUUUUAUUUACCAGAUGUUUACACUAUCAAAAAAGUACUAAAAAUACCAGUAUUACCAUGUUGUUGUUUUUUUCUUUUACAUUUUUUAACAUAGUAAUACAAUUUACUUUGAGGCAUGGCUAUAAUGGUAUUCUUGUAGCUUAUAGUGCCUUAUAAUAAUCAGUCAAUAGCCUACCAUUAGACUACUUUUUGUUAGGCUAAUUUGCACAGAAACAUCGGUAACACUUUAUUUCGAUAGUCCACUUUAUACAUUCUACUAACAGUAAGUAACUUUACAACUACAUGUCAACUAGCAGCCAUUAGAGUAUUAGUAGACUGUCUUAAUAUCCUCUAACACUUUAUUUUGAAGGGUCCACAACAUACAGCAUACUGACUAUGAGAAUCUUUGCAAGUAUAUGUCAACUUAUUCUACUAACCCUAAACCUAACAGUCUACUCUGAGAGUUAGUAGACAUGUAGUUGUAAAUUAAUGAGAAUUAGUUGACAUGUAGUUACAAAGUUACUUGUAGAAUAUCUAAAGUGGACUAUCGAAAUAAAGUGUAAUCGAAACAUCUUGUCGGUCGAAACAGAAAUGAGAAAUCCAGAUGAAUGUAGGCUACAUGUUGCAACCUAUUUUAAAAUGAAUGUCUUUAAAGUAAGCAUGUUUUUCGUAUUUUUCCCCGUUACACAAGCAAAGUGAGAGUUGAGUUGAGGAUACAAGACACCUGGACCGAAGUCAGACCGUUUUCACGCCGUGAGAACGACGUCGGCACGUACGUCUCCGUGGGGGGCGGGGUCACACAGCAGGGCGGGAUUGAUGGAGGGAGAAUAAUACAGUAAUCUGCGAGAGAGAGAGAGAGAGAGAGAGAGAGAGAGAGAGAGACCACAUCUGGAGGAAAAUAAAGAAUCAUCAUUUCAUGUCCUCCACCCUCUGUCUUAUUCUCCUCCCUCUCCCUCCGUCUCUUUUUCUGACUGAGGAAGGAGCCGGGAGACAGUAGACAGGCGUCGUAAGCAAACGAUGCUCCUUUGAAAUGUAUUUAUUUUAGAACGGUUUAUCGCAACUUGACACAAUUCUAUAUUUCCUGACAAUUGAUCCUAAUAGCAACAGUUUGCGUUUUUGGUCUAAGUAUAGCCUAUCGUGUCAUGCGUGAGUUGGAAACGGUCAACUGGAUCCAGGGGUGUUUUUGAUGAAGACAUCUGGCGUUUUAAUCGUUAAGCGUUAAACGGACCGCGCGCUUCAAGCCGUCACGUAUUUCGGAAUCAGACGGGAGCGUCUUUAUUGAGGCUGGUGAAUCAAAGCCAUGCUGUCGCUGGACGAGCCCCUGGACUUGAAGAUUCCCUCUGGCCGUGACAGGACGCUCAGAACGUCCAUCUGUGCUCCGCUGCACUUUUCUCGUGCUCGAAUAUCCCGCGCAUUGCACAAGGCCAAAAGCCCUGAUGCAGCUGACAAGGACAUGUCAGAUUCUUCAUCGUCCACGGUGGUAGAUCUGAGUCUGUCUCCAUCUUCCUCUCCCUCACCACCCUCUCCUAUAGACAGCGGCGCAAGCUGGAGCCCCACAGCGCCUCUUCUGGCCUCAGAAUCCGAAAGCACCACGUACCACGAGGACAGCGCCUCUCCUCCUCCAGGUUUCCAGUUCUUUCUGCCGAUUGGUGCAGAGGGUCCCCUGCGCCUGCCCUCCUCGAUGCUGAUUGGUCAGCACUCCCCUGAGCCCUCGAGUGACGAACAGCUGGCCUGCCGCUGGCUAAAAUGCCAUCUGCUGUUCGAGAGCCUGCAGGAUCUGGUGGACCAUGUGAAUGACUCACAUGUGAAACCAGAGAAGAAUUCAGGAUACUGCUGCCACUGGGAGGGCUGUGCGCGCAAGGGGAGAGGCUUUAAUGCCAGGUACAAGAUGCUGAUUCAUAUCCGUACGCAUACCAACGAGAAACCUCAUCACUGCCCUACCUGCCACAAGAGUUUCUCACGCCUGGAGAACCUGAAGAUACACACCCGAUCACACACCGGAGAGAAGCCGUACAUCUGUCCUUACGAAGGCUGCAACAAGCGCUACUCGAACUCCAGCGAUCGCUUCAAACACACGCGCACACACUAUGUGGACAAACCCUACUGCUGCAAAAUGGUGGGCUGCCUGAAGCGCUACACUGACCCCAGCUCUCUCCGCAAACACAUCAAGGCCCACGGCCAUGCCGUGGUGCAGGAACGCGCCGCCUUGCCCAGAACCAACAGGCUGGAAUCGGAUGGUGCCUCUUCGAUGGAUGGCCGACGGAUGGAUCGUUCUUACCCAGGAGCGGCUCGUUUCAUCUUACCGGGUGCGGCAACAACCUUAUUUGGGGCUCACGCCUUCACAGGGGCCCUUAGCAAUCACCCUCUAGAUCUGUCCAGGCUCAGUCCGCUUUUAGGAGCCGGGCCGGUGCUGUACCCCAGCUCUGGUGCUCUUGGGCUUGGGAAGAUGCCUAUCCUGCACCCUUUGUUGUUGCCGCCAUUCGGUCUCGGCGUGGGUCAAGCUGAAAGAGUGGUUGAGGAAGAAGAUGAUGUUGAUGAUGAAGAUGAAGGCAGGAUGAGAGCAGGACGGGGCCCUCACUCAUGGGUCGUGAUUCCUCCAGGCAUGCUGUUCUUGAAACAAGUGGCGACCACAUAAAUAGACUCAUGGGCCUUGUUCACACUGCACACCAAUCUGAUUUGGAUUUUAAAUCAGAUUACGUUGUCAUUUUGCGAGCGCUGAAAUCACAUCAGUUAUGUUAUGUCCCAAAAAAAAACUACUUGGAAAAAUGUUUGUCGAGAGUUCAGAUUUUAUUUGAAUUUUGAACUGUUCACGAAUUUGGUGUGAAUCCAGUUUGUCUGUUUUCUGUUCACACUACAAAAGCUGGUUUCACAUAUGGCAAAAAAUGUUAAACAAGACCUUAUGGGCCAUUCACACCAAUGACAAUAACUAUAAUGUUUUAAAUGAAUGAAAUGAUCUUGGAAUCACUUUUAGGACAAAAUCCAUUUUUCCAGCUGAGCUUGAGCAUUUAAAGCAACAAGCAAAAAAGCUACAGUGUUUACUUACAGUGAACAAAAUGUUUUUGUCCGUUUAUGUGAACGCUGAAAUAGUUACUGUUAUAGUUAUCUUUAUAGUUAUUGUUCCUGGUGUGAGCCAUUGGUCACUCACUUUACUACUUGCAAUUCACAAGGAAAGAGGUCUUGGUGUUUAAGGGAAUCAUCUGGGAGAGUAUGAUUACAGAUUGUUUAAAUAGUCUAAACAAAGUUCAUUCAAAUAUUGAUUUUUUUUUUCUUCAGAACUUCCUGCCACAGCGACCAAUAUUCAUGCAUCAUCUGUGUGCAAUAUUACUCAGUAUGUCAUCAAAGACAUCAGAACAUAUGUAAUGUGUAACUUGAUAAGAAAUUCCUAGAAGGUGGUGCUUGGUAAUUAAUAGUAUCCACUUGAUUUACCUAAGAAUCUCCUGGAGACUAUUGACAGUGACCAAACAGAGAACAGGAUGUGGCAUGAAAAGCAUACAUACGACACACAUCUUUAGAAUUUUGCUAAAAAAGCACCUGCUGUGAGCUAACAAAGAAACAUUAGCCAUUGUUCCACAACUACAGGCCGGAUAUGUUCAUUUAUUAAAAUUAAAAUAAAAAUUGAAUACUAAAAUAAGAAGUUUAAAUGCUACAUGUGAAUUUAGAUGUCAUUGUAAUGCAAGUAUGAUUAUUUUUUUUUUUUUUUAGAUUAUUUUUAAAAGUGUUAUUCAGUUUGCGGUUAACGUUAAAUUAACGUUAAAUGAGCGUUAGAAAGCAAAGCUAAAUCUAAAUAAUAAAAAAUAGGUUAAAAUGAGCAUGCACAAUUAAAUAUAUUUUUAAAAGUUAUUGUUUUUGUUCAGUAAAAUAUAAAAAUCUCUUAUGGUCUGUAUUGUAGCGUCUAUAAAAACCAACUAGUUGUUAAAGCAGAUGUGUGUCUUAUUCGCAAAUUUUGAUACCAGUAUGUUUUCCACAACCAAAAAGUAACCAAUUCGGGACAUAUAGUUACAUACAAGGUUACAUUUUAAUAAUAACUUAAUCAGCGAAGAUGUGCACUCUGAUUGCUAUAAGUAAUCAUCAGCUUGAAUUUUCAUUAUUAGCCAUUUAAUGGUGCCACUUUAUGUUUUAUACGUUUUCAACGACGAGACAUUGACUGUGUCAAAACCGUGUCAUAUGAUGACAUGAGUCCACUUGGACUCAACUAUUUGUUAUCCAUUAUUUAGUUCUGUGGCUAGCGGAUUGGUAAACCUUUAUGCAUGGCUGACCUUUUUCAUUUAAUUGUAAAACCGGAGCCCAGGUUUGCACCGGGAACUGCAUAUGUAAUGUUGUAUAGCUCUGAUUUGAUAUCUGCCAUGCAUAAUGGAUAAAUGCUAAGACUAUGGCCUGUCACGGUCAGCUUGAGUAUUGUAAUGAACUAUAUUUGCACAGGAUAUUUUAUCGAAUUUUUACCAAAACAAAGUGCCUUAUAUUGUAAGGUUGUUAUUGACGAAAUACAAUGUAUGAAAUACAUUUGGAUGUAUAUUGUCAGUUCAUGUAUGUAUAUUUUACCAGAUUUAGUUCAAUAGGCUUAUAUUGUAAAUGUUUUUUACACGCUUUCCUGACGUUGAGGCUAAUGCCUCUUGAAGUUGAGCUAAUGUGUCUUACCAUAUCACGGGACGUCUGUCAAUGUGACCGGAAUGAAAUGUAUGAAAUACAGGACUAUGAUGCAUAAGUCCAAUAAAGAGUGCA